AACUAUCCCAAAUAUCGUUAUCGCUAAAGCCCCUCUCCUCCACCACCACCACCGCCGCCGCCGCCACCGCGAAAUGCUCUCCUUAGCCUCCUCCUCCUCCUCCUCCUCCCUCGCCCUCUCAUCUCUCCGUAGAAACCCUAGAUACAGGGUUCUCCGCGCCAUGUGCUCCUCCUCCGCGCUCGAUCCCGACCCAAACCCUUCUCCUCGGCUCCGGAGCAGCCACGCCGGGGCUCGGCUCGAGGAGGCGGUGGAGGUCGGGUCGGGGAGGUCGCGGCUCGACGCUUGGCUCGCCUCUCGGAUCCGCGGCGUGAGCCGGGCGCGGAUCCAGUCGAGCAUCCGCUCCGGGCUCGUCGCCGUCAAUGGCCGAACCGUCGACAAGGUUUCGCAUAUGGUCAAAGGUGGAGACAUGAUUAGCUGCACAGUUUCAGAGUUGCAGCCCCUGAGGGCUGAAGCAGAAGAUAUACCUCUUGAUAUAGUGUACGAGGAUGAGCAUGUUCUUGUGGUGAACAAACCUGCACAUAUGGUUGUUCACCCAGCACCCGGAAAUGCCAAUGGAACCUUGGUAAAUGCUAUACUUCAUCAUUGCAGGCUUCCAAUGGUUACCUGCGUAAAUGAUAGUACAAUGUCAGAAUCAGAUGAAUCCCUAGAUUCUUCUGACGAGGAGAUUGAUGUCUAUCAUGCUGAUCAAUUUUCUACAGAAGAACUAAGUUUGGAGGUGCCUGAAGCCCUUGUUCGCCCAGGUAUCGUGCACAGACUGGACAAAGGGACAAGCGGGCUGCUUGUUGUUGCCAAGGACGAGCACUCUCAUGCCCACUUAGCGGAACAGUUCAAGCAACACACCAUCAAUAGAGUAUAUAUCAGUCUUACAACUGGUGUGCCCAAUCCAUAUUCUGCAAGAAUUGAGAUUCCAAUUGCUCGUGAUCCGAAUAAUCGAGUUCGUAUGGUUGCUAUUUCUGGAUCAAAUCAUAGACAUGCACGUUAUGCUGCUAGUAGGUAUGAAGUGAUCGAGGUUCUUGCCGGUGGUGGAUCCGCACUUGUGAAGUGGAGAUUAGAGACUGGGCGGACUCACCAGAUUCGAGCACAUGCAAAAUACUUGGGAGUUCCCCUUCUGGGCGACGAAGUGUAUGGAGGCACCAAAAGCAUGGCCUUGUCACUGCUAAAGCCUAGAACUCCUUCGAGUCACCACGGCCAUCUUUCACACAUGAUCUCUAAGUUAGAUAGACCAUGCCUCCAUGCUUUAUCUCUUGGAUUCGAGCAUCCUCAGACAGGAGAAUUCCUAAGAUUCUCAUGUCCUCCACCUGAUGAUUUUUCUGAAGUAGUCGAUCAGCUUCGAGGCAUAAACACAUCCGUGUGCGAUAAGCGCUAGAAUGAAGUUUAGAAGAAAGUUUACCCGAUAUUCGAGCAGCAUGCAAGUUAAAGAAAGGAAGAGAAUACUAUCCGUGGCAACUAUAAGAAAAAUCAUAAGCUAAUCGGAUAUGCUGAGAUGCUGAUUCGCGCUUCUGAUUGCACAGGAAGCAAGUCAAUGCAGAAUAAACAGUGAAUUCAUAUGAGGAGUUCUAUGGAGCAGUACUUAAUACUCUAGUUCUUGUAUUUGUAUUUAACAUGGUUAUACAAGGCUGAAUCUAUUCAGGCAUAUAGCAGGGAAAAACAGUUGUGUCCUGCAACUGGAAUUAAGAUUUAAGAAGGCUGAAAGUCCAAAUUGGAUCAGAUAGACCAGCACUGGCCAUUACCCUGUUAAAUUGUGUUAAUUUGUUCCAUGUUUUGUACAAGUGCACGGAUGAAACACAUCAGUCUCUAUUGUUAGAUUAUCAGUAUGCUAAAUUUAUUCUUCCAUUGUAUAUCUGUUUUUUGAGCCAAACUCUGCAAUCCCAGAGUCAGAAUGAUUGUAUAUGAUACAUUGGCUUAUUUUGUUGGACAAUUAUAAGUGGCUGGGGUAAAAUUUCUGAGCUAAUUCGUACUGAAA